CAAGCUCGAGUGGGGCAGCAUGGCCUCGUUACUUCGUUCCGCUAACUCCUCAACCUUCUCAUCUCUGCGACGUUCCUUCAAUACCUCUCACAACAUGUCGGCGCAACGAGCAAUGUCUCUCUCAUCCUACCUAGUCAAGCCUGCCGAGCUUAACGCUGCCUUGAAAGGCAAUGCCCCUACCAGAUUGGCUACCUCGCCUCGAGUCAUCCCCUUGUGUGCCAGUUGGUUCAUGCCCAACGACCCUGAGAAGAGGUCGGGAUAUGAGGUCUUCAAGCAGGGACACAUCCCUAGUGCUCGGUACUUCGCUUCCUGUCUCGCUUCAGAUCCCUCUCCAUACCCUCAUAUGCUGCCCAGCGCUCAAGUUUUCACCCAAGCUAUGCGCAAGUUAGGUAUCCGCCGCGAUGACAACAUCGUUGUGUACGACAGCGCCGAACUCGGCAUCUUCAGUGCACCUAGAGUCGCCUGGACGCUUCGUGUAUUCGGCCACCCAAGCAUUCACAUCCUGAACAACUACAAGCUUUGGGUCGAGCAAGGCCUUCCGGUCGAGCAAGGCGAGCAGAAAGAUCUCCCCGAGUCACAAUAUCCCGAGCCAGAGAUCGACCCCUCCAAGGUCGCCGCUUUCGAGGAAGUCAAGGAGAUUGCAAAGGACUAUAACAAGGAAGGUAGAGAAGGCGUGCAGAUUUUGGACGCCAGAUCUUUUGGUCGCUGGAGUGGUGUCGAUCCUGAGCCGAGACCUGGACUCUCCUCUGGCCACAUUCCCGGCUCCAUCAGCGUUGCCCUGCCUGAGCUCCUGGAUCCCAACACCAAGACUUUGCUGUCCAGAGACGAGCUCCUUGACAUUUUCAGAACCAAGGGCCUUGAUCCCACCAAGCCUAUCAUCAGCUCCUGUGGUACAGGAGUCACUGCCAGUGUCAUCGACGCUGCUUUGACUGAGGCCGGCUUCCCUGAGACCAACAGAAAAGUCUACGAUGGCAGUUGGACCGAAUGGGCACAGCGAGUCCAGGCCUCCGACAACUUGAUACACAAGAGUCAG